GCCUUGGAGAGCACGGAGUUAGUAGUCUUUAUACCGUCGUCUUCACCACAGUAAAGCAAAGCGAAGUCUGACUAACACAUGUAUUUAUUUAUUAACAGUCAAAUAAUUUUGUUCAGUGGUGUAAAAUACUGUGUCGAAUUUAAGAAAUUGACUUACAACUUAUUUUUAGUAACCAGGAAUUUUCGUCUGCAAUUUUUAUACUUAUACAACCCCUGCCAUCAGUAAGUUAGCCUUCCGUAGCAAUGUCCAUCCCACAAGGAGGUGUGGCAGCAUUGAGAGAAAAGGCGCGCAAUAAGCCAAAGCCCAUAUCCAAAUUUGAAGAAAACUGCCCCCUAUUUACCCAAGCGUUGAAAGACGAAUUGGUUAAAAUACUAAACCCCAAAGCUAAUCAGGAAACUAACCUACAUGACUACCAAAUUAAAGCUGUUCUCAACACUGCCGAACAUUUCGGCAAACCCUUAGAUCCCGAUAGGAAUGAGAGAAGUGCUGCUUUAAUAGUUGCUCCACCCGGGUCAGGAAAAUCUGGAAUGGUUGCUCUUCUUCCAUAUGUCCUCAACUCCCAUAAAGUCUUGGUACUGACCCCGUCUAGAAUAAUUUCAGAACAAAUAGCUGCCGAUUUUGGUUACAAAUUUGACGGGAAAGGCUUACCAUUUAUUAUAAAAUGUGGCCUAUUUAACGUAGAAGAUAACUAUGAAGUCAUGCUGGAAACUGUUCAUCUCUGUGAUCUUAAGAAAAACAAAGACAUCCAAAACGGACAGAAUCUUGUCAUUGCGAAAGCACAAAUAUUCGCUGGUAGAGCGAAAAACAGUUUAACAUCUGACAAGUCGAGAGAUGACGUUGCCAAGGUUUUGCAAUCAUUCGACACCAUCAUUGUGGAUGAAGCGCAUCAUUGCACUGCUCAAACGUGGGAAAAUGUUAUUAACUGUUUCGAAGGGAGGAAGAUAGUGUUUCUCACGGCAACUCCUUUUUCCGGUAAUGAGUCUUUGCUCAGCAUCCUUGGCGACAAGCUUGAAGAAGUUUUUACUAUUCGGCGCGCAGAGGUGGAGGGUGUCACAAUUAGGAAAUCUGAUUUUACCUUUAAUCCAAUGAAACACAAACCUUUCGAUGAUCCAGACUUCUUUGGAGACCUUCGUAACGAUAUUGACGAAGCUCUCGGUAGACAUGUGGCCCAAGAAAAUAGAAAUGUUGGUGAACACUCACCCCAGGCCAUGAUCUUGGUCACAACGAUGAAACAAGCAGAAGAAACGGCCGAGGCUUUAGGUCGGGAUGCCACCUUCGUGAUAUCAGCUGCAGAAGGGGACGCCAACUUGAAACAGUUUAACAAGGGAGACAAGAAGAUUGCCGUGGUGUGCGGAAUGCUGCGUGAAGGGUAUGACAAUUCUCGUGUCACGCUCGUAGUCUUUAUUCGCAAUUGUGGCUCACGCGUCUUGUUUGAGCAGUUUUGUGGCCGUUGCAUCAGAAUGAAUCGUAACUUAGCAAAUGUGACAAGGUCUGAGAUGGGUAAGGAUAAAACCAUCGGGACUAUCCUCAGCUACCAAUGUUAUCCAGGGAUUAAAAAAUUCUGGGAGGAAAGAGAUAAACCAAUUGCCGAUGUGGAACCCGACUACGAAGAUAAUGUUACAUCGUGCCUGUUUGGAAACAAAUUUUUUAAAAAUGGAGACAAAAAAGUGUAUCGAGCAGUCUGCUCCCCUCCCCGAAACAGAAUGUGUCAAUCGUGACUUGGUCGCUGGUCAUUCUGGUUCUGUCACUAGGGAUGACGACUUGCUUGCCGUGGCAAAUCCAGAAACUGCUAUGGAAGACCUCUUGUCUCCGCAGGAGCUCAUUGACUCAUACGUCACACCCCGUGAUAAAGUCUGGACAGCUAAGGAGAGAAGAAAACACAUGAAACGAUGCAAAAACUUUGCCGCCAAGGAAGCCAGGCUUAAACUGGC